AUGACCGCAACCAUGGCCUCACCAAACACCACCAUCGUCCUCAUCACGGGCGCCAACCAAGGCAUCGGCUUCGAAAUCGCCAAAAAGCUCGCCACCGAACACAAAGACUACCACAUCAUCAUGACCGGCCGCCGCAAGCAACCGCUCGAAGAAGCAGUCAGCUCCCUCAAAUCUCGAGGCCUAUCCGUCGAACCCCUCAUCCUAGACGUAACCUCGGACGCCUCCAUCGCCGCAGCAGUAUCCCACGUCUCAUCCACCCACGGCCGCCUCGACGUGUUGAUCAACAACGCUGGUAUAUCCGAACACGCCUUCGACAACAUCCCCGACAUCUCCCCCCGUCAAAAAUGGGCAAUAAUCCUAGACACAAACGUCACCUCGGUAGCCAUGGUCACGGACGCGUUUAUACCCCUGAUGGAGAAGUCCGCCAAGGUGAGAAGGAUAGUGAUGAUGGGGUCGGUGAUGGGGAGCUUGACGUGCAGGGCGGACAAGGGGCACCAUUGCCAUGUGGAUACUUAUACUGCUUACUGUGCCAGUAAGACGGCGUUGAACAUGCUCAGUUUGCAUUAUGUGAUUAGGUUUGAGAAGGCUGAGGGGGAGGAUGAGGAUGGGAAGGGGUGGAAGGUGAACGUUUGUUGUCCGGGGUAUUGCAGUACGAAUUUGAAUAAGUUUCAGGGGCUUAAGAGUGUGGAGGAGGGGGCGGUAAAUGCUGUCAGGUUGGCUACGAUGGGAGGGGAAGGGGAGACGGGGAGUUACUCGGCUAAGGAGGGGCGUAUACCAUGGUGA